AUGGCAAGACUCACUGACGAUGCCGACUACGAUGCCGGCGAAACGCCUGGAAAUGUACCAUGUUUACGGUCCGACUUUGCAAAUGCUCAUGCAUACAAUGGACUCCGGACUAGGUGCGUUCCUCUAGGUCUUUCUACAAUUAUGACAAAGUUGCGAAAAUAA